CUACAAAACAUCCACUUAAAUAAGCCACAGCUAAGCAUGGAUUUAAACUAAAAUGUGUUUUUACAGUGAAGGCUAAAUCUGGUCUUGAUCCUCUUCUGGUACAUUCAUGGUGAAAUUGGUUGAAAAAUCAGAAGAAUUGGCUCAUGUUGUACAGCUGUUGUAUAAACUCAGUUUAAAAAUUCAGAAUGAACAGGUUUGGGGUGUAAUCUGGCAAUGGUGAGGAGGAGGAAUCCCAAGGAGGGAGGGAAGGACCUGUUCUGUGUGUGCAGAAGGGAUAAGAAUGGAUUUUUACUGUGCUGUGUUUGUGUGUGUAUCACAUUAAUGCUGCUGUAACUCAGAGUCUCUUUAUUCCAUGUGAGAGUGCUCAGCUCAGACAUGACCACUUCAAGAAAUGGUCCCAAUUUAACCAGUGCUAAUUAAGGCCAUGAUCUCCUGCAGUAAUGAGAAAUUCAUUAGCAAACAGUUUGCAGAAUCAGCCUGUGGUUUUACAGCAGUGAGAACACUGACAGAUCUCUCCUUUCCAUGUCAGUGGCUUCUGGAGAACUGCUUGUAUAGACUGGGAAUAUGCAAUUUUCACUGCCUCCCGUUGGAUUAAAGGCAAUGUUUUCUGUGCUUUAAUCACUACUCAGUGACAGUUGCUUCAACAGAGCAGGUAACCUCUUCCUGCCUGUUUUUUAGGUUCUGAAAUACAUUUUCAUGCACUGUUUCCUUUUUCCUUUCUUUGCUUUCUGAAGAACUGCUGUCCUGUCAGGUUUAUAUUUAUUGCUUUCCUGGCAAAUGCUGUUCUCAGUCAGAAGAAUAUCAUGUCAAAGAAAUGGAAGGGGAUAUCUGUGGGCAGUUUUCCACAGAGGUUUGAGUCUGUUCUCUGCAGUUCCCUCCCUGAGCCAUGGGAUGCACACAGUGGUGAGGGAGCACAGUGAAAGUCCAUCUGAGCAGCAACAAGUGGAGGCUUCUCCUCCUGCUCCUGUUUGUGCCAUCCUGGGACUCAAACAUCUGCUCCUGGCUCUGGUUUGAUGUUACUGCUGCAAAAUUCAUGAUUUGUGUUUGUUGUGCUGAGCUCUUCCACGAAUUGAUCUCACACUGAUUUGCUUUUUAGGAUCAGCCCCAUUAAAAACUUUAAUUAUGUUGUUUUUAAAUACCUGAGGUAAGACUGGCAUGGGGAAUAAUAAAGGUGUUGGUGUUUUGGGGUUUUUUUUCUGGUUUUACUUGCUGUCUGAAUGCGGUGUGAAACUGAAUUACACAUUUCAGCUGAUGACAGUGAGGAAUAUGGGGAGAUAUCCUGAUAGGAUUUCCUGAGUACUGUAACAUGGCCUGUCUCUCUCUGAAAUUAUCCUACUGGAGGCAGGAAAUAUCAGGUCUAUUAGUGGAACAGCUCUCCAGCUAUUAGUUUUUAGAGCAUUAAAUAGUCUUAUCUCAAUGGAUGUGUUUGCCCUGUGGCUCAUCUAUCACCCUAAAAUGUUUUAUCAGCACCUGAAAAAAUCUCAAUGAGAAGAAUAGCCUCAGAUGUUGCCCAUUCAAGGGGCUUUUAGAUACAGAAUGUUGGGUUUUUUCUUUUUUUUAAAGAAGGUCUUUUUAAGAUCUGAUAUUAUUUGCUGGCUUUUCAACCCUGUUUCACAGCUCCUGUAGCACCACUUCUAUAAAUACUGCUCACCAGCAAAGAAAGGAAAUCACAAUAGAUUAAAGGAAAAUCAGGUUAACAGGCAGCAAUCUCUGCCCAUUCAGCCUCAGACAUUUGUGAAAAUAAAGGAUUAGGACGAAUUACUGCCAGGUACUAGCUGCAAAAAAAAACCCUUUUGUAGCAUCUUUGUCUUCUCUAACAGUUAUUAGAGGUGUAAGAACAGCUCUCUGUCAGAAGUGAGCUGUAUUUGAAAUGAGCAGGAGUUACAAUGCUGUGAGAUGCUGCAUUUUUGGUGAAUUUUUUAUUGUUUAUUUGACACACAGACGAUGAGUAAUUUUUUUUCUCUUUAAAAAAUGGUGUUUCUAGUUUGAAAACAAGUUUGUUAGAGGUCUGAUGGAGAUGAGAUGGAGACAAAGGAUGGGACAUGGAGGAGUUUUCUUUGUCUUACCCUCUUCACAGGACUUGGGAGCUUUCAGAGUAGGUGAACCUGUGCCAGAUUUGGCCUCAAGGAGACAUUACUUUUAGUGGAUCAAAAGCCAGAAGAAGAGAAUUAAGUUCAGCAAGGUGAGUUUUUUAUGUCCAGGGCCUUUCAGAGACCAGCCUCACACCAGAAAAUAACAGUGUUAGUAACAGAAAUGGCAAUGCAGUGGGGUUGUUUGUAAAAAUCUGGGAGUACUCUUUGGUUGUAAAUUUUACCAUGUAUUUGCCACUUUAUGUUCUUCACAAUUAAAAUUGGUGGGAAGCUUCCUUUUGCCUUUGAAUGAGUUUUUCCACAGGAAGAAAUGUGUUCUGAGCAGGGAAUAAAAGUUUUCUCAGAGGAGAAAAAGAAACUUUUCAAAAAGUGCACUGAAAAUUCUGUAAACAGCUUGCUGGCUCCAGUCUGAUCUUUCCAGGGAAGAACUUUCAGCUCUGAUGUGUUUCAGUUUUUCUUUUAACAGGCAACUGCACUUUAAAGAACCAUCAUGUUUGGUGAAACUGGAGAGGAUUUAUUUACAGGGAGCAAAGGCUCACAAUUUUGGGAUAUGAACUCUGCAAAGGAUGUGCUGCACUUGCAGGCUCCGUUUUCAUGGUGGGCAUUUGAUUUUCUAGUGUGAUGAAUCCUCAUUCAGCAAUGUAGAGACUUGGUUUGGGACUUCAGCUCAUCAGAAAGCCACAGCCACCAGUGGAGAAGGAGCAGCAAUGAAAAGAGGACACAGGCAAGGCAAAAUUCCCUGAUCCAUGCACCCAAGGAAGCUGAAAAUGACCUGUGGAUGCUGUCAUAAAUUUUAUGUUAUGUUACCUCUAAUUAAAUCAGGUUGUAAAUUAUGUGUAAAACCUGAUGGUGCUUUUUAGUUCUCUCUGGAAAGUGUGUUGAGCUGUAGGAAAUUCUGUCUCUUGGGUCCCUGCUCCUGUUUUAUCCUCACUUUGGUAAUUCCCUGCUCCUGCAUGUUCACCACUGAGAUGUGUGUGGGGAGAGGCAGCAAAACAAAGACAAGCAGCAGAGAGAAACUUGAAAAUUCCACGUGCUGGGAUCACUGUCACGGUUUGAAGUUGUAUCUAGAGGGUGCUCUGUGUUUAUAAUCUUGGUUUAUCUUUUACUGCUGUUGAAAUAUUGGAUGUGUGCUGCAUUUCCCAGCCAGCAAAGGUCCUGUGGAUGGAGGGGUCUUUCUGUAAGUGGAGCUUUUCUGUUGGUUUUCUUUUUUGUCAUGGACAAAUGAUUAACAGCUGAAUCAAUUGUGCCAGAGGUUGAGCAAGCUGUAUCACACAGGCUCAUCUUAGGUUCAGGCUGGGGCAAAGUCAUUUGGGAGAAAAAAAAUCAGGCAAGAAAAGGCAAACAGAAAGCUUUGCACAGCCCGAAUCAUCUCCCCUAACAGUUUGUCCUCCAUGUCUGGAGGGCAGUUUAUCACUGUGCUCAGUAACUCUGGGUUAAAAAAGGGCUGCCUGAAAUACAAUCUUUUAUUUGGAACAGAUUCCUACAAGGACUCAGUUGAUGUGCCUCUCUGUGUUAAAUUGUUAUCAUCAGGCUGGCAAACCAGAAAGAUGUCUCAGCCAGUUGUUUCUUUAGCAGGGACAUGGCUCCACAGGCAGAAUAAUGUCAUUUGUAAGGUAACUGUGAGGUGUAGCACUUGGCCAGGUAAUGGCACUGAGCUUGUUUGGUUUGUUUGGUAUUAGUGAAUAUGAUUAAUUCUAUGUAUAGAAUCCAUCACUGCCAUAAUGAGCAAAUUAAAAUGUAUUUACUCUUUGUAUCACCAGAGCACUCAGAGAUGGUCCCAGGGUGAUUGUGCUGCUAAAAGCCAGAGUUGCACAGAGUCAGGUUCUGUCUUCUCAAAGACAUUCAGCAAGGGGAAGGGUGGGCAAACACAAUGAUAUUCCUCAUUUUGUGCAGGGAAACACAGGGUCAGAGAACUUUGCUCUCUCUAAGAUGCUUGCUGUAGGCUAAGACAAAUAGGAAAAUGAAGGGAAAGAGGAUUCCUGUGUCUCAGGAAUCCAAAAGCUGUACCUGGAGGAGGAAGAAUCAGGAUGUGAAGGCUCAGCAGGCAACCAAAGAAAAACUCCAGGUUCAGUCUGAUGUGCCUGUGAAAGCCCAACUGAACUGAUGGCAACCAGCCCCUGGUGGGUUCUCAGCCCAGUCAGGGCCAUUUUAGAGAGAGAAUGACUCAGUGUAGUAGCAAGAAAACAGAGAGAUGACAUUUGAUCCCCUGACAGGUCCUGCUUUCAUGGGCUUACGACUCUGGGAAUGUGGAGCAGAGAAUCUCUGUGGAAUGGCCCUGCCAGGGCUGGGUUCUUGUCCUCCCCAGCAGCAGGAGAGACAGGGAAGGGCCCUCUCAGGGAUAAGGCUUUCCCUGAAGCAUGAGAACAAGUGCUUGUGACCUUGCUCUGCAAGACAGACAUGAAAAGCAGCAAUAAAUAAAUGAUUCUGCACUCUAUUCCUAGAAAGCCGACUUGAGUUUACUUAUCACUCCCUCCUUGCCAGGACUCAAAUAUGUUUCGUUUGUUGAAAUAUUCAUUUUCCCCGUCCCUUGAAAGGAGCAUUACAAAUGAAAGUGCAAAUUGCUCCUGGGCAGAGCUUUGCUCCCUGCCUGCUCAGGAGGGCUGUGUGCUGUUUACCUUGCGAGCCUGCCAGGUGUGCUGGGUCACUGCUGCCUGCAGGGUGCCAGAGCAGCUCUGCAGUUCCUCUUUUUGUGUUGGUGUGGGCUCACCAGAGCGAUGGGGGCUCUGCACCCCGUCCCAGUGCUGCUGCUGUGUGCUGUGCUGGGCUCCCAGACUGCUCAUGGCUUUGGGUGAGUGACCACACACACAGGGUGACACGAGAAACCAUCAGGACCAGCUCAGGCUUUGGUGUUGUACAGGCUGUGGUUGUUCUGAGUGAUUCCUGAUGUGGGUUUGAAGCCAGCAUUUCCACUUUCAGAGCAGCAAUGCUGGUGAUGAAUUGGAGCUGACGGAUUGCCACACUCGUGCUGUGACAUGGGGUUGUUUGGACAUGCUGGCUGCCCCACAGAGUGCUGGGCACUCAGGGCUGUUUCCUUCUAGUGCAGAAAUGUGAGAAUGUGGCUGGGAGCUGUUCCUUUCUCUGCUGGUGUAAUAGAUUUUGCUGUUUCAGACAACUACAUCUUGUAAUCUUUCCAAUCUAACUAUAUUUUUGCACUGUUCUCUGAACUUCGAGCUUUGAUUUCAUGCCUCAGCAAGCCGAUGAGGUUUUGUAAUUUCUUUAUUGCAUGUGAUUUUUAAUAUGCUAUAAUAGGAACCCCAUGCCAGGCACUAAAUCAUACUUAAAGCUUCAGCUGAUGCUGUUGCUUGUCAGGCUGGAAGAAUUGGAAACAUUGCUGUGGUAGUUUCCUUGUCAAACUGGGUAUGAAAAGAAACUAAUUGUCAACAUUUUACUAAAGCUCCCCACUUGAAGGAGAUGCAACAAGGGAGCAUUUGUCUGGGACAAGGAUUUAAUCAGAAAUCCUGAAUCCACUAAAAGAGGAGGCAGCAUUUUAGCUGUGGUAUUGUGGAAACCUUGGAGACAGCUCACAUGAGGGAGUGAGGCGGUGGCUGGGGAAAGAGUAAAGGCUCACACUUGGGGUUCAGGUUCAUUAUUGGGCUCAAAGGGAUUAAUGGGAUAAUGACUCGUGAACUGAGAGUGGAAUCUAAGACUAGAGCCUUUGGCUAGCAUGGGGAAAUGGGCUGCUGGGCAAAGAGAGACACUAAAGCUUGGUUUUCAAAAAUGCUGAGUGCAGGCCAGGCCUUUUUUUGGGACUGGUGUUUGUCGUGGAGGUAUCUGACCUUGGAGCAGAGGCAGCAGCUGGGGGUGAAGGUUUUACUGCUUGCACAGCUUGAGGGGAAGCCCAGAUUGGUGGCCCAUGGGUUUGGUUUCCAUGCUGGCACUGGAGAGUGGAUGAGGUUCCGUACAGAAUCAGUGCCAGUGGCACCAAUCCACCGGGAUGAGCACUGAAAUGCAGAGGUUGCAUGCAAGGCGUGGUGAGUGCUAGUUCUGCUGGGUGUGUGGCUGAGGUGCCAGGUGCCCAGGGCUCACAGACUGCCAGCCUGAAGCUGUGGUGUUGUUGGACACAGUGGCUCCGUCAGCGCGCCGCCGCAGCCCCGUGACUGCGCCCUCUCCUCCUGGUCCUCCUGGAGCAAGUGUGACCCCUGCCACAAGAAAAGGGUGAGUGUCUGCUCUGGGCACCACUGAGAAGGAGGUGAGGUCUCCUUCCAGCCAUGUCCUUUCUGUUCAUGGGUUGGGCAAACAGAGGGGGCUGCCAAGGAAAGCCCUGUGCGGGGGGGUUUUGCUUUCUGGUGGCUUUCAGCUCUUCAGCUCAGCACCCCAAAUAAUUGCAGAGCUUUCCAGGGUGCCUCACUGUCCUGAGAAGGUGUAAGGCCAGGCUUUGCAGGGACUUUCCAACACAGCCCUGUCCUUCCAGCAUCAUUGCAAGGCACCUUCCCCACUAAUGGUCCCCUGUGGGACCUGGAGCCACUCGGUGCCUCUGAGGAUUAAGAUGCUUUUUCUUGUCUGCCAGACAGCAUUUUCCACCCGAGAAGCCUCAUCAAAUGAAAGUAAUGAUCCCAACAGCGUGAAGAGCAAAAUCCCCGUUGCUAGAGAGACCUCUGCUAACAAGUUGGAGAAGCUGUUCCCAGGCUUAAGCAGAAAUAAACAGUGAUGGGAGCUGGGGGGAGAGUGAAGCUUCGUAUCAAAGAGUUAAUCUCAGAAACUGGGGGGGAAAAAGAGGGCUAACAUAUUGGACAGAGUAAUUGACUGCUUCACAGCAGUGUUGUGGGCGGAAAAAAAUCCCUAAUGAUACAGAGGGGCAAGUAAAUACACUGACAGGAAAUAACAAGGGGUGUCGUUACCAGCGCUAAUUGAAAGAGAGGAGAUGGAACUGAAUCCUUCCUUACUCCUGCAAAGUCCUGCACUGCACUGUCAGGCUCGUUUAAACAAACUGUCAAAGAAAAGCAAACUUUCCUUCAUCCCUCCCAAUCCCCAGCCCUCCCUCAGUAAAAUUAAAACUGUUGCAGAUCAGAAACCUCAGAAACGAGGCAAAUUACCAACAUCACACUUGUGUGCUGCCACUCUUCUCUUUUAAUAUGACAGAGUGCGCUUAGAUCAGAUCUCGGCGACACAAAGUUUGUUUUUCAACCAGAGAAGCGUAAAAUUCACCAUUUCUGUGCACUCGAGUCAAUGAUUUUUAUUUCAUCCCAGUACAGAUUUGCCCGCCUGGAACAGCCCUCUCAGUUCAGAGGAGAUCCCUGUGAUGGCUCUGACAGAGAAGCUGAGGACUGUGUCACAGCCAGUCCUUGCAGGAGCAGAGUUCGCUGUGAUGGGUUUGUGUGUGCAGUCACAGGGAGAUGCAUUGCACGGAGGCUGCUCUGCAAUGGGGAUGACGACUGUGGGGACCAGUCAGAUGAGAAAAACUGCAAAAAAGUGUUCAGGAAAUGUGACCAGAAGAUGGAAGAGUAUUGGGGAAUAGAGAAUCUGGCGAAAGGGUUGAAUAUCUUCACCAACAGCUUGGAAGGGCUGGUCCUUGACCACAGGUACUAUGGGGGGGGAUGCUCUCCCCAUUACAUCACAGACACCAGGUUCAGGAAGCCGUACAACGUAGAAAGCUACACCCCAGAGACCAAAGGCAAAUAUGAAUUUACAAUGACUGAAUAUGACUCCUACUCAAAUUAUGAAAGCAGUGUCCUGAAGGCAAAAGCUUCGCAGUCAAGCUUCAGCGUCGGUAUAAAAAUACCAAAAGUGUUUGAACUUGGUUACAAUUCAAAUGACAUGAGGUUCAAGAAGUUCAUGAAGAGGAUGAAAAGAUUUUCUUCCAGUUCCAGCAAGUUCAUCCACGCCCGUUCUGAGCUGGCUGUUGGUGUUUACAAGCUGAAGCCCCGAGCCCUGAUGCUGCACCACGAGUUCCUGCAGCGGCUGCGGCAGCUCCCGGCGGAUUACAGCUACGGGGAGUACCGGGAGCUCUACAGGGAUUUCGGGACACACUUCAUCACUGAGGCCACUCUUGGAGGCAUCUAUGAAUACACUUUGGUCCUCAACAGUGAAGAGCUCCAGAAGGCUGGUUUUUCUCUGAGUGAUGUCCAGAAAUGUGCACAGAAGGGCUUUAACGUUGGUGUGAACCUUGUUAAAGUCUCUGUGGGGCUUGGAGUAAAUUCAGCUGGCUGUAAAGCCCUUUUGAAAGAGAUUGGAGACAGCACCGCCAGGAAGGAGCUGGUGGAGGAUUUUGUGGCGCUGGUGCGCGGUGGAGCGAGCGAGAGCAUCACCAGGCUGGCGCACAAGGACCUGCCCACGGCCCAGCUCCUGCAGCAGUGGGGAGAUGCUGUGCAGUACAACCCUGAGAUCAUAAAGCUGAAGGCAGAGCCACUGUAUGAGCUGGUGACUCCCUCUGACGUGGCUGAUUCCAUGAAAAUCAAGGAGAACCUGCGCCGGGCUCUGGAUGAGUUCCAGCUGGAGAGCAGCUCCUGCCGCUGUGCUCCGUGCCAUGGCAAUGGCAUCCCCUUCCUCAGAGGAACAGAGUGUGAGUGCCUAUGUCCCCUGGGCUCCAGCGGCCCCGCCUGCGAGAUCAGCAGGACAAAAGAUACUGCUAUUAAUGGAAACUGGGGGUGCUGGGCCAGCUGGUCCCCGUGCUCAGGAGGUCAGAGGACAAGAAGGAGACAGUGCAACAACCCUGCCCCACAGAAUGGGGGCUCCUCAUGCUCAGGGCCAGACUCUGAGACAGAUUCCUGCUAGAGGGAACCUGUAGGAACUCCCACAAAACUGAUGGGCACUUGGCAGCCUGCUUGGGAAGACAUCACCUCACUGGAUUUCUGAGUUGGCCUCGCUCUGCCCAUGGGUCUCAUCCAAAUCAGAAACAUUUCAGCAGACCCUGGGAGCUGGGAGGGUGUUAGGAACCACCCCUUUGGAUGUGCAGCUGUCCUCUGGGAUUGAAUGUGCUUGCUGACCUCAAUAUUUUGCCUCCUCCCUGUUUUUACUGCAGUGGGCUGGAUGAGACAAGCUUUAUCUCUGUCUGUGCUUGGUAGCUGCGUGAUUUCAAAUUGUACUGUCUUGUUGUUGAAGGUUCCUUUGAGAUAAGAAGAGACACUUUGAUCUUACGUGCAGCAGGGUGUGCACUGAUGCACAGCUUCUGUGAAGGCAGCUGUGUCAUGUGGAGCAAAAUCCAGCACAUUAAAGCCUAAAUCUCAAUGAGCACAACAGUAUCUAACGUGACAUUUAGAGCCACUGUGCCUCACUACCCUGCUUUCCCAAUUUAUUGUGUUGUUUCCACCCCUGCCAUGGGCAGGGACACCUUCCACCACCCCAGGGUGCUCCAUGCCCUGUCCAGCCUGGCCUUGGGCACUUCCAGGGAUGGGGCAGCCCUGGAACAAAUGGAACAUUUGGGAAAACCUGUCUGCACAUCCCCUGAGGUAUUCUGCCCUCUGUAGAUGUGUUUGUCCCAGACAAGCUCUGGUUAAUAAAUCUGAUCUCAGGAAAUCCAGUAUUCCAUUGUGGGACAUUCCAGGGUGGGACAUCUGACUUGGAGAGAGUUCACUGUGAAAAGAGACAAAUUGGUUUGCCUGUCAUUACCAUCCCUGGAGCUGUGCAUCACAGCCCAGGUCUGACAGAGGAACUUUCAAACACCAUUUAUGAACCUGCAUCCUUCCAGGACUCGCCUCCUACAGCUCUGGUGGUGGUAAAGGAUUUUUGCAAACACAUUUGGUUGGGCCUGCUGCAAAAUAACCAGCACCAGCUUUGCUCCACAAGGCAAUUCCACCAGUGAAAGUUGUUCAAGAGUGCUGUGAGCCUUCCAACAUCUGCAAGGUCAAACUCUUCUUCUGAGGGUGUUUCAGCAGAGCUGGUGAUGGUGGGCUGGUAUUGCCUGCUCCUCUCCCUUCAGACUGACGUUGUCUGAAUGUAAUUCCUGUGAGAGCAGCUCAGGCUCCCUGACAUCUGAACAAUGGAACGUGCAUUUAGUUGUAGCCCUCAUGCCGCCUCCACACUUAUCGACAGGGCUCCUGUGACAGCUCUGAGAAAGGCAGAGCACAUUGCAUAUGUAAAACAAGAGGGCUCUCUGCUCAUUAUGGGCUUCAUCAUUUAGCUGCCAACCCAAAACAUUUCCCUUUCCCACUCUGUAGCUGCAAUACCUUUUGUGUGAUGGAAAUUUGCCAAUUCCAGAUUCUUUUCUGGGUCAUGGUCAAAGAGGUGACUGCUUGUGUGAAGUAGGAUAUUCCUCCAGGUUUUUUGCAGGGGGUCUGUAGAGGCUCUGGAGGGAAGGACCCUGAGCAUGGUUCACCUCAGACACAAACUGCAGUGUCAUUGUCUGCCCUUCUUCAGAAUCAUCUGUAAUCUGAUUAAGGACAUUUCUCAGAUGAGCCAAGUGGCUUUUGUAAAUUUAACACCUUUCCUGGUCAUCAGGCUGGUUAAACACACAGCAGUGCCUCCCUUCACUGCUGUGGCAAGGACAGCCAAGUGUAGUGACCUGACUUGGGACUGUCAUUACAAACCAGACAAACACAGAUUUUUGAAGUGGUGACAGUACCUGAGUUUGUAUAUUUGGGUUGGGUUUUUUUUUUUUUUUUGGAGGAAGAGAGGAGAGGUUUGACAGUCAUCAAGAUCAUCAGCAUGGUCUGACUGGAGUAUGAGUUCAGCAGUGGCUGAAUAUUCAGCCUGUAGGCUUAGAAUCCUCCCAUAAAGGACAUAACUUUAUCUUGUCCUUGUGAUUUUGUGCUUUGAUUCGCCUAACUAAUGAUUUAUUAUAACC